AUGCCCGUCCUCACCCCCUCCCGCGUCGUCGUAGUGCUUUCGUUGUCUCUCCUCAGCUUUUUGUGGACAUUUGGCCUCCCGCGCCAUAUAGCCACGCACUCGCUCCCGACGAUACCCCACGAUGCGCCCAACCGGCCUCCAGAGCCGCUCACGACUCCGGAAGUCUCGAGUGAGCCAGAGGAAGGCGCACCACCAGGCCCAGUAGCUUCGGGUGACAAGGGGGAAGGCGGACAGCUAAAGCAGGGAGUGAUGAGUGCUGCUGCGGCGGAAGUGACGAGUGCUGCUGUGGAAGUGGCGAAUGUCGUUGAUGCCGGCCAGUGCAGGCAGGCCCGGGGCGCGUCCAAUGUCAUGGUCAUUGUUAAGACGAGCAAGGCCGAAAUCUACCAGAAGCUCCCCACGCACCUGCUCACCCUGCUAUCCUGCGUCCCCAACUUCGCUAUUUUCAGUGAUCAUGCUGGGACCAUCGACGGUUACCCUGUCCACGACGCCCUACAAUCCAUUACCAACCAGACCAAGGAAACGCAUGAGGAGUUCCGGGAAUACGAAAAGAUACAGCAGGAUGAGUCGGCACGACCAGCGUCUGUUACAAAGGAGCUCGACAAGUGGAAGGUGCUCCCCAUGGUCUAUCAGGCUUACAAGAUGCACCCAAGCUCGCGCUUCUAUGUCUUCAUCGAAGCGGACACAAGCCUUAGCUGGACGAAUCUACUGCUCUGGACUGGGAGACUGGAUUACAGGAUCCCCUACUAUUCCGGUGCACCGAGCUACCUCGGCACCGUCAAGUUCGCCCAGCGCGGAUCUGGCAUUCUUCUGUCCAAUGGCGCCUUGAAGCAGUAUGCCAAGCUAUACGAUGAGCGUUAUGAAUUUGACUGGGAGAAAAGAAUUGGCCGGGAGUGUUGCGGCGACAUGGUGCUCGCCACGGCGCUGACCGAGUCCCAUGUCGAGUUCUAUUCAGCGUUUCCGCUACUCCAGGGCGAGACGCCGUCGACGCUUGACUGGACGAAGCGACACUGGUGUGCCCCUGUUGUUUCUUGGCACCACAUGGCCCCAGAUGACAUCGACACCCUCUGGUCUUUCCAGCGCAAUUGGACCGCAAAGCAUGGCUGGGAGCCACCAUAUCUCUUCCGACACGCCUUUGAGGAGUUCGUCGCUCCGCAUCUAGCUGACUAUAUAUCCGAAUGGGAUAAUCUCUCUCAAGACACCAAGAUCAGCAAGCCGCAAGCCGACUCUACUUUAAACUCUAAAGAGAACAUUGAAUGGUACAAAUUCGGCGAAGAUGUUAAGAAAGGGACCCUGAGUGUGGAGGAUUGUAAACAUGUUUGUCAGCGAGCAGAGGAUUGCCUGCAGUGGAAAUUCAGGAAAGAGGAAUGCUAUCUAGGCAAAGUUGUCAGGCUAGGAAUAAGAACCAAGAAGACAGAAGGGAAGGGACCAUGGACUAGCGGGUGGAUGGUGGAAAGAAUUAAGAAGUCUAUUAAGGACUGGGGAAACUGUGCGGAACCGAUUUGGAAAUUCAACCAAACAGUUAGCAUGCUUCUCAAUGUAGAUAUAUUUAACAUUGAAGUGUCGGCAGAUUUUGACAUCUUUCUAUGGAUAGUAAUCGCCAUACGCAAUGCCUCCACAUUCCACAACAUCAAGGCCUACAACAUCACCGCACUCCUAUAA